AUGAUUGCUGAGGAUGCGUCACCGUCCCCGCCUCCGUCAGCGUCACCGUCCCCGCCUCCGUCAGCGUCCCCGCCUCCGUCAGCGUCACCGUCCCUGCCUCCGUCAUCAUCCCCGCCUCCGUCAUCAUCCCCGCCUCCGUCAUCAUCCCCGCCUCCGUCAUCGUCCCCGCCUCCGUCAUCAUCCCCGCCUCCGUCACCGUCCCCGCCUAGCUCCGUCACCGUCCCCGCCUCCGUCACCGUCCCCGCCUCCGUCAUCGUCCCCGCCUCCGUCAUCAUCCCCGCCUCCGUCACUGUCCCCGCCUCCGUCAUCGUCCCCGCCUCCGUCAUCAUCUCCGUCAGCGUCCCCGCCUCCGUCAGCGUCCCCGCCUCCGUCAUCAUCCCCGCCUCCGUCAGCGUCCCCGCCUCCGUCAGCGUCCCCGCCUCCGUCAUCGUCCCCGCCUCCGUCAUCGUCCCCGCCUCCGUCAUCGUCCCCGCCUCCGUCAUCAUCCCCGCCUCCGUCAUCAUCCCCGCCUCCGUCAUCGUCCCCGCCUCCGUCAUCAUCCCCGCCUCCGUCACCGUCCCCGCCUCCGUCACCGUCCCCGCCUCCGUCAUCGUCCCCGCCUCCGUCACCGUCCCCGCCUCCGUCACCGUCCCCGCCUCCGUCAUCAUCCCCGCCUCCGUCACCGUCCCCGCCUCCGUCAUCGUCCCCGCCUCCGUCAUCAUCCCCGCCUCCGUCAGCGUCCCCGCCUCCGUCAGCGUCUCCGCCUCCGUCAGCGUCCCCGGCUCCGUCAGCGUCUCCGCCUCCGUCAGCGUCCCCGGCUCCGUCAGCGUCCCCGCCUCCGUCAUUGUCCCCGCCUCCGUCAUCAUCCCCGCCUCCGUCAGCGUCCCCGCCUCCGUCAGCGUCCCCGGCUCCGUCAUCAUCCCCGCCAUCAUCUCCGUCAGUGUCCCCGCCUCCGUCACCGUCCCCGCCUCCGUCACCGUCCCCGCCUCCGUCAGCGUCCCCGCCUCCGUCAUUGUCCCCGCCUCCGUCAUCAUCCCCGCCUCCGUCAGCGUCCCCACCUCCGUCAGCGUCCCCGCCUCCGUCAGCGUCUCCGCCUCCGUCAGCGUCCCCGCCUCCGUCAGCGUCUCCGCCUCCGUCAGCGUCCCCGGCUCCGUCAGCGUCCCCGCCUCCGUCAUAGCCCCCGCCUCCGUCAUCAUCCCCGCCUCCGUCACCGUCCCCGCCUCCGUCACCGUCCCCGCCUCCGUCACCGUCCCCGCCUCCGUCACCGUCCCCGCCUCCGUCAUCAUCUCCGUCAGCGUCCCCGCCUCCGUCAUUAUCUCCGUCAGCGUCCCCGCCUCCGUCAGCGUCCCCGGCUCCGUCAGCGUCCCCGGCUCCGUCAUUGUCCCCGCCUCCGUCAUCGUCCCCGCCUCCGUCAGCGUCCCCGCCUCCGUCAGCGUCCCCGCCUCCGUCAGCGUCCCCGGCUCCGUCAGCGUCCCCGGCUCCGUCAGCGUCCCCGGCUCCGUCAGCGUCCCCGGCUCCGUCAGCGUCCCCGGCUCCGUCAGCGUCCCCGGCUCCGUCAGCGUCCCCGCCUCCGUCAGCGUCCCCGGCUCCGUCAGCGUCCCCGGCUCCGUCAGCGUCCCCGCCUCCGUCAGCGUCCCCGGCUCCGUCAGCGUCCCCGCCUCCGUCAGCGUCCCCGCCUCCGUCAGCGUCCCCGCCUCCGUCAGCGUCCCCGGCUCCGUCAGCGUCCCCGGCUCCGUCAGCGUCCCCGCCUCCGUCAGCGUCCCCGGCUCCGUCAGCGUCCCCGCCUCCGUCAGUGUCCCCGCCUCCGUCAGUGUCCCCGCCUCCGUCAGCGCCACCGUGGCCGCCUCCGUCAGCGCCACCGUGGCCGCCUCCGUCAGCGCCACCGUGGCCGCCUCCGUCAGCGCCACCGUGGCCGCCUCCGUCAGCGCCACCGUGGCCGCCUCCGUCAGCGCCACCGUGGCCGCCUCCGUCAGCGCCACCGUGGCCGCCUCCGUCAGCGCCACCGUGGCCGCCUCCGUCAGCGCCACCGUGGCCGCCUCUGGCCACUACCACAUUACACGGUUCCCACACCAUAAAGGAAGUAGUGAGACUUGUGCCAGGGGCUAUGAUGGGGCCGGCAGCAGUAGUCUGGUGGUCGGCAGCAGUAGUCUGGUGACCAGCAGCAGUAGUCUGGUGACCAGCAGCAGUAGUCUGGUGACCAGCAGCAGUAGUCUGGUGACCAGCAGCAGUAGUCUGGUGACCAGCAGCAGUAGUCUGGUGACCAGCAGCAGUAGUCUGGUGGCCAGCAGCAGUAGUCUGGUGGUCAGCAGCAGUAGUCUGGUGGUCAGCAGCAGUAGUCUGGUGGUCGGCAGCAGUAGUCUGGUGGUCGGCAGCAGUAGUCUGGUGGCCAGCAGCAGUAGUCUGGUGGCCAGCAGCAGUAGUCUGGUGGUCGGCAGCAGUAGUCUGGUGGCCAGCAGCAGUAGUCUGGUGGCCAGCAGCAGUAGUCUGGUGACCAGCAGCAGUAGUCUGGUGACCAGCAGCAGUAGUCUGGUGACCAGCAGCAGUAGUCUGGUGGUCGGCAGCAGUAGUCUGGUGACCAGCAGCAGUAGUCUGGUGGCCAGCAGCAGUAGUCUGGUGACCAGCAGCAGUAGUCUGGUGGUCGGCAGCAGUAGUCUGGUGGCCAGCAGCAGUAGUCUGGUGACCAGCAGCAGUAGUCUGGUGACCAGCAGCAGUAGUCUGGUGGUCGGCAGCAGUAGUCUGGUGACCAGCAGCAGUAGUCUGGUGACCAGCAGCAGUAGUCUGGUGACCAGCAGCAGUAGUCUGGUGACCAGCAGCAGUAGUCUGGUGGCCAGCAGCAGUAGUCUGGUGACCAGCAGCAGUAGUCUGGUGACCAGCAGCAGUAGUCUGGUGACCAGCAGCAGUAGUCUGGUGACCAGCAGCAGUAGUCUGGUGACCAGCAGCAGUAGUCUGGUGACCAGCAGCAGUAGUCUGGUGGCCAGCAGCAGUAGUCUGGUGACCAGCAGCAGUAGUCUGGUGGUCGGCAGCAGUAGUCUGGUGGUCAGCAGCAGUAGUCUGGUGGUCGGCAGCAGUAGUCUGGUGGUCAGCAGCAGUAGUCUGGUGGUCGGCAGCAGUAGUCUGGUGGCCAGCAGCAGUAGUCUGGUGGUCGGCAGCAGUAGUCUGGUGACCAGCAGCAGUAGUCUGGUGGUCGGCAGCAGUAGUCUGGUGGCCAGCAGCAGUAGUCUGGUGGUCGGCAGCAGUAGUCUGGUGACCAGCAGCAGUAGUCUGGUGGCCGGCAGCAGUAGUCUGGUGGCCGGCAGCAGUAGUCUGGUGGCCAGCAGCAGUAGUCUGGUGACCAGCAGCAGUAGUCUGGUGACCAGCAGCAGUAGUCUGGUGGCCAGCAGCAGUAGUCUGGUGACCAGCAGCAGUAGUCUGGUGACCAGCAGCAGUAGUCUGGUGACCAGCAGCAGUAGUCUGGUGACCAGCAGCAGUAGUCUGGUGACCAGCAGCAGUAGUCUGGUGACCAGCAGCAGUAGUCUGGUGACCAGCAGCAGUAGUCUGGUGACCAGCAGCAGUAGUCUGGUGACCAGCAGCAGUAGUCUGGUGGUCGGCAGCAGUAGUCUGGUGACCAGCAGCAGUAGUCUGGUGACCAGCAGCAGUAGUCUGGUGGUCGGCAGCAGUAGUCUGGUGACCAGCCGCAGUAGUCUGGUGGCCAGCCGCAGUAGUCUGGUGGCCAGCAGCAGUAGUCUGGUGACCAGCAGCAGUAGUCUGGUGGCCAGCAGCAGUAGUCUGGUGACCAGCAGCAGUAGUCUGGUGACCAGCAGCAGUAGUCUGGUGACCAGCAGCAGUAGUCUGGUGACCAGCAGCAGUAGUCUGGUGGUCGGCAGCAGUAGUCUGGUGGCCAGCAGCAGUAGUCUGGUGACCAGCAGCAAUAGUCUGGUGGCCAGCAGCAGUAGUCUGGUGACCAGCAGCAGUAGUCUGGUGGCCAGCAGCAGUAGUCUGGUGGUCAGCAGCAGUAGUCUGGUGACCAGCAGCAGUAGUCUGGUGGUCAGCAGCAGUAGUCUGGUGGUCGGCAGCAGUAGUCUGGUGGCCAGCAGCAGUAGUCUGGUGACCAGCAGCAGUAGUCUGGUGACCAGCAGCAGUAGUCUGGUGACCAGCAGCAGUAGUCUGGUGGUCAGCAGCAGUAGUCUGGUGGUCAGCAGCAGUAGUCUGGUGGCCAGCAGCAGUAGUCUGGUGACCAGCAGCAGUAGUCUGGUGACCAGCAGCAGUAGUCUGGUGACCAGCAGCAGUAGUCUGGUGACCAGCAGCAGUAGUCUGGUGACCAGCAGCAGUAGUCUGGUGACCAGCAGCAGUAGUCUGGUGGCCAGCAGCAGUAGUCUGGUGACCAGCAGCAGUAGUCUGGUGACCAGCAGCAGUAGUCUGGUGACCAGCAGCAGUAGUCUGGUGACCAGCAGCAGUAGUCUGGUGGCCAGCAGCAGUAGUCUGGUGGUCAGCAGCAGUAGUCUGGUGACCAGCAGCAGUAGUCUGGUGACCAGCAGCAGUAGUCUGGUGACCAGCAGCAGUAGUCUGGUGGUCGGCAGCAGUAGUCUGGGAAAUACUUUUAUUGGCAUGACAACGGAAAUUGCAGGUUUGUUUGGAGGAGGAGUUGAUUCAAGAACUUCCAGCGCCAUGGAAGAAGUUAAUGGAGGAAACUUCGAGGCUGGAGAGGUGAAGGCUGAGCUCUGUGGAAGAGCAGAACCCCCAGAGUGA